AUGGCGACCUUGACAUUGAAGAUAAACGUUGUAGAUUGCUGUGUCACAAAGACGAUUAACUUUGAUCCAACUACAAUUGUUUAUGACGCCUGUCGAAUUAUCAGAGAGAAGGUUCCAGAAAGUACCACAGCCACUCAUGCUAAUGCAAAUGAUUACGGUCUGUUCUACACCGAAGAGAACAAGAGGACGGGCAUCUGGCUGGAGUCGGGCAAGUCUUUCGACCACUACAUGCUCAGGAAUGGCGAUUUACUUGAGUACAAGAAGAAGAUACGAACGUUGCGGGUUCGAAUGCUGGAUGACUCCGUCAAGACACUUUUCGUGGACGACAGUCAAAACGUUUCUCAGGUCAUGCUCUCCAUCUGCAGUAAAAUAGGCAUCACGAACCACGACGAAUACUCGCUGGUUCGAGAUCUGCCCGACUCAGAGAAGGAGAAAACGCUGACCAUGAAGAGGGACAAGUCGAUCGCGAAGAACCAGAAGAAGCUGGACGAGAUGAAGAAGAAGCUGCACACUGAUGAUGAAUUGGAUUGGUUGGACCACAACAAAAGUUUACGAGAGCAAGGGGUCGAUGAGAAGGAGACGUUACUACUUAGAAGGAAAUACUUCUUCUCCGAUCAGAAUGUCGACGCCAGGGAUCCAAUACAACUACAUCUUCUUUAUGUUCAGACGAGGGACACGAUUUUGAAAGGGGCCCUGCCGGUAACGCAGGACCAGGCUAUUGAGUUCGCUGGCCUCCAGUGCCAGGUACAGCACGGAGACUACGACGAGAAGAAACAUAAACCCGGAUUUCUCGAUUUGAAAGAAGUUCUGCCUAAAGAAUAUUGUAGAGUUAAGGGAAUUGAAAAGAAAAUAUAUCUUGAACAAAAGAAGUUAUCAGGCUUUUCAGAGAUAGAGAGCAAAGCCAAGUACACACAGCUUGCUAGAUCACUGCCCACCUAUGGAAUCGCCUUUUUCCUCGUUAAAGAAAAAGUCAAGGGUAAAAAUAAAUUGACACCAAGUUUGCUAGGUAUAACGAAGGAAAGUGUCGUGAAGAUUGAUGAAAAGAAGGAGGUUGUUAAAACGUGGCCUUUGACAACUGUUAAGAGAUGGGCUGCUUCACCCAAUACAUUCACUCUUGACUUCGGGGAUUAUGCAGACAGCUACUACUGUGUACAAACGAUGGAAGGCGAGCAGAUCGCUCAGCUGAUAGCCGGCUACAUCGAUAUCAUCAUGAAGAAAAAACAGACGAGGGACCAUCUCGGAUUGGACGGUGACGAGGAAUCGACCAUGUAUGAAGAUAGCGUAUCUCCCGCCAAGGCGACAAUCAUCCAGCACCAAAGCGUCGGUAGCGGGCAGGCGAGCUUAGGCAGUGUUGCACUCCCCGCCAUCUUGAGAUCAGGCGAGACGGCCAACGGACACCUAGCGAGCAACUCCAUGCAACAGCAGGCCCAGUUUUCCAAAGUCUCGCUACUGGCUCAUGCUGGCUAUAGACUGCCUGCAGUUAGGGGUGCACAGCGGGCUCUGUUGGGUCGCAUUGGCGCUGGCCUGACCUCUAUGAAGGGCAUACAGAAUGACCUUGAGACUAAAGGUCAAGUACCUCAGCUUGGCACCGAUCCUGCUUCCAUAAAAUGGCGCGAGACGGCUAUGGACAAUUCGCGUCAGCGGCUAAGCGCUCAGCUCUCAGCCAUGAACGCAGCUACAGCCCAAGUCGUCAUGCUAACCAGAGAUAACAACAAUCCGGAUAGCACAGACUAUUCAGCCGUGGGAUCGGCCGUGCAAACUAUCUCUGCCAACCUGAACAACUUCUCACAAGACGUGAGGAUGUUGGCGGCCAUGGAGGAGAACGAGAAAGAGGGCACGGCCCUCAUGGGGGCUGCCAGGCUGCUGGUGGGGGCUUUCUCUGACCUCCUCAUCGCCGUCCAGCCAAAGCCACGUCAGAACAUAUUGAACGCGGCAAACCGAGUGGGGGAAGCUAGUCAGGGCAUCAUGCUGUACGUCGAACCAUGCUCUGAUGAGGAAAAUAUCUACAAGGAGAAGCUGAUGACGUCGGCUCGCGCCGUGGCCACAGCUACGGCUAACCUCGUCCUACAAGCUAAAAACGUUUCGGCUCGGUGCAAAACCAAGGAGCAGCAGAGCCAGGUUAUCGAGACGGCCACUCAAUGCGCUCUCGCUUCGUCGCAGCUUGUCGCCUGCAGUCGCGUGGUUAUGUCCACUAUCGAUAAUGCUAGCUGCCAGGAUAUGCUCGUUGAGGCCGCCAAAAUGGUCGCCAAGUCCGUUGAUGACGUAGUCACUACGUCACAGGAAGUAUGUGAUGACGAGCCAACGUUGGCUAAUCUCAACCAAUCGGCAACAGUUGUGACAGAAACACUGGACAAUCUUAUGCAGCAUGUUAAAAGAGGAACCAUGCAUAACGAAGGGCUGAAUCAGGUUGAUACGAUAAUGAUAACGACUGACAGACUGUGUAACAGCGUUGAUAACACGCAAGAACUCGUCAAGCAAGCCAGACAACUCGCUCAGGCCACCUCCUAUUUGGUUAACUCGUUAAAAGUGGAAGCCGACCAGCAAAAUGAUUCUGAUCGCCAGAACAAGCUGCUGUCAGCUGCUAAGAUGCUUGCUGACGCUACCGCUAGAAUGGUUGAAGCUGCUAAGGGCUGUGCCUCUCAGCCACAAGAUGAAGCCAAUCAGAGAGCUUUGAAGGUAGCAGCUGACGAGUUGAGGUCAGCUACGACCACAGCUGCUGUGAACGCUCUCAAGCAACCGAUACUCACAAAUCUACAGCAAACUGCUAAGAACGCUACCUCAGCAGCCACACAGCUGAUUAACGCAGCAACUGCCAGCAGUCCGUACAGCACGAACCAGCAGACGCAUCAACAGCUGAUUGGUCAAUGCAAUUCAGUCUCCGAUGACGUCAUACCUAAAUUAGUGCAGGCUCUUCGCACUUCGCACAAACGCCCGGAAGACCCAAAAUCUUUGAGUUCGCUUAUUGACGCUGUGCAGGAGUUCAUCGCUCCAUGCAACAAGCUACUGACGACAACGAAAGCAGCCCUGCCAAUGGUGACAGAUGAAUCGUGCAGUAUCUGCUUGAAUGGUGCCUCCAAGAACCUCACGUCCUCCCUGGCCGAUCUCAGGUCAGCUGUGUUGAGGGCCCAGCAGGCCUGCACUGCCGCUGCUGCUGAUAAACCGGAAAUUGAACUGGCUCUUGAUCAGGUAAAAUCCCUUGAGAGAGAAUUAAUGGAAACUAAACAAACGGCCUUGAGUGGCAAACUGAUGCCCCUGCCAGGCGACACAACUGAGAUGAGCUGCUCACAGCUGGGAGCUGCCUCGAAAGCUGUCGCCACAGCUAUGGCGCAGCUGCUAACAGCUGCUACGCAGGGGAGCAAGGAGAACACCGGAUCGUCUGCGUGCGAUGUCGCAAAGCAACUAAAAAAUUUAUCGCGAUCCGUGCGCGGUGUGGCCUCGACCACGAGCGACCAGGAUCUAAAAAUGGGAGUCAUCGACAGAGGCAUUGACGUCAUACAGAAAUCCGGAAGGCUAAUCGAGGAUGCUAAAUCCGUCGCGGAGAAACCCAAUGACGUCGAUGCUAAAAAUAGACUGGCCAUGGUUAGAGCGACGAAAGUGGUGUCUCAGUCGUUGAGUUCGUGCGUCAACUGUCUGCCCGGUUUGAAGGAUAUCGAUGCAGCGGCCAGGAAGGUUAGCGACGCCGAGCUGAAACUCAACAAAAUUAAUCAGGUAGCCAGUGAAGUAGCCGCAAGAGAUACACAGCAGAGGCUGAACCAGGACGCUGCCAACCUCAACAAAGCUACCAGUGACCUCCUGCAAGCCUGUCAGAACCCCAACAACACCAGCGACAACAACAACACUGUGGCAUCUUCGGCCAAUCAGCUGUCGAAAAUUUUCGAAGGUUUCAUCGACGACGGCGUCAAGAUGGCCGCCCAGACCAAAGAUUCUGAAUGUAGACAUCAAAUUGUCGAGGAGCUGCGUAACGUAACGUCUGCCACGAAUAAAUUUCUGGCCAUGUCAAAAUCAAUCGUUACUGACCCGUCUGGACCUAGUGCUAAAAACUUACUGACGCAAGCUGCUAGAGCCGUCACAGAUAGCAUAAAUAAGUUGAUAGGCAUUUGCACUGAAUCAUCGCCCGGACAGAAAGAAUGUGAUGGGGCUCUGAGAGAAAUGCAGAUGUUGAAGCCAUUAUUGCAUGAUCCGAAUCAGCCAGUCAACAAGGAAAAUUACUUUGAAUGUUUGGACAAUGUCAUUGAUAAAUCUAAAGUUCUAGCUGAGUCUAUGACUUCAAUAACGGCAUGCGCGCGUCAGCAAGAUAUGCUGAAAUUUUGCACCAGCGUUGAUAACUUCUCAAAAUCCGUCUGCUCUAUUGUGGAAAGUUCUGUUCAGGCUGCCUAUAUAGUGGGGAUAUCAGAUCCGAACAGCGAGCCGAUAGUUGAGGGGUUAGUGGAUCAGGACCUCUUCCUCAGGGCUUCAGAGACCACCAAACAGGCGUGUGACGUCCUUGGGGAUCGCUCGACCAAUCAAGCGCAAAUGCUGGCAGCUGUUUCUACGAUAGCCCAUCAGACGUCGUUGUUGUGCAAUGCUUGUAGGCAGGCCUCGUCAAAGACAACCAAUCCAGUUGCCAAGCGACAAUUCGUCCAAUCAGCGAAAGACCUCGCGAACAAUACUGCCCAGAUGGUCAAGUCUAUGAAGGUAUUGGGUGGUGAUCAACAGCAGCCGAUCAACGUGAUUGGCCACGACGCCAGUAAGCCCCUCCUACAAUCACUAGAUGUCCUCAAUAAUUUUGCCCUCGUUCCCGAGUUUGUUGGUACCCCGGCAAAGAUUGGUCAACAGGGUAGGGCCGCUCAGCAGCCGCUAAUGGAAGCAGCUAGAGAGAUAGUAGACGGGGCGUGCGAGAUGGUCUCAGCAGCUAAGCAGCUGGCCGUCAAGCCGAACGAUCAAAAUGUCUACCAAGCCUAUUCCACACACUCGCAUACGCUCUCUGAAGCUAUGAAGAAGAUGGUCACUUCUAUGAGGAUUACACAACCUGGCCAUAAAGAAUGUGAUUGGUCGAUAGAUCAGAUCAACUUAAUUAUUCAUGACAUCGAUCAAAUCUCAUUGGCUGCAGUCUCACAUGACCCAAUGCUGGCUAGCAUGGGUGAAGGUCGAACUCUCGAGGCUUGCCAUGAACAGGUUAUAAAUAGCGCCAAGCAGAUGUUGGACCUCGUUGAGCCAAUCAAAUUGGCCGCCAAGGGUGAAAGCGGGAAUCUUGGCCAUCUGGUCAAUUCGGCCAUUUCCUACAUGACCCCAUUCAAGAUGGGGCUACUGGGCUGCGUGGCCAAGACGACCAACUCGAAGGUUCAGAUGGACAUCUUGGAGAAGUGCAAGACAGUGGCCGAAGCCCUCCAGAAUCUCAUCACGUGUGCCAGAGACUCUGGCGGAAAUAAGAAGGCCUCACCAGAACUGCAAGCAGAAGUUGAUGACGCGGCGACAGAGACCGCAGAUUCUAUCAAAGAGAUCAUCGACACCAUGGAGAAAAAUGCAUCGUCUAGUGGUGUCGUCUCGUCGCUACUCGCCAAUCUCAAUGAAUCAGUCACUCAAAUGGACGAGGAGAUAAAAGGUAACACUGGUGAACUUUCGUUCGUCGAACAUCAGACAAACAUCGUUGCUAUCGUCAAACAGCUAGCUAAGACUUCUCAAGAGAUGCUAACUAGAUCGGUGACAGACAACGCCCAGGACCUAGGUGCACUUGCCAACAACAUAACCAGGGAUUAUGCUAUGCUCGUUGAGGAGGGCAAGAAGGCAUAUGUCACCUGUCCAAAUGAACAGAUGGGCAAUCGCAUAAAAGUGACGAUACAGCAGCUCGGCAAGCACUGCAUCGGUCUGGUGCAGAAUGCUGGCAGCCUACAGUGCAAUCCCAACGAUUCGUUCGCUAAGAAGGAGCUCGGCUCUCAGGCUAAGAAAGUUAUCGAAGAUGCCACGGACAUUAUGACCAUCCUGCAGUCCAGUGCCAGGGGAACGCAGGCCUGCAUAACGGCAAUCAGUACGAUGAAUGGAAUCAUGGCCGACCUUGACACGACUAUCAUGUUUGCCUCAGCUGGCACCCUGUCAGCUGAGUCCGCCGACUCGUUCUCUAAUUAUAGGGAAGGCAUAUUAAAGAUGGCGAAAGAGUUAGUCGAAGAUACGAAGACAUUGGUGUCGGGUGCGGCCCUGAACCAGGAUCAGCUGGCCGGAGCUGCCACCAAGUCCGUCACGACCAUCAACAAUCUCUCCGAAUGUGUUAAGAGGGGUGCAACAAGUUUGGGCAGCAAUCAGCCCGAUGCACAGGUUUCCCUAUUGAACGCAGUAAAAGACGUGGUGUCGGCGCUGACCGACCUGAUAGGGGCAACGAAGGUGGCAGCCGGCAAGCCCCCAAGUGACCCAUCCAUGGUCGUUCUCAAGGACGCCGCCAAGACCAUGGUCACCAACGUAACGAACCUGCUGAAGACGGUGAAGACGGUUGAGGACGAGGCAACGAGAGGUACGCAGGCUCUGGAAUCAUCCAUCGAGGCCAUACAACAGGAAUUGAAGGCAUAUGCAGUCAUCGACCGUUUCGAGAAGGCAGUCUCCCCGGACUCCAUUAUCCAGAUCACGCGUCCCAUCACCAUGGCCACUUCGAAAGCUGUGGCAGCUGGUAACAGCGGCAGGCAGGAUGACAUUAUCGCAGCUGCUAAUUUAGGUCGCAAGGCCAUUUCUGAUUUGCUGAAGCACUGCAAGGGAGGAGUGGUGAACGUGGAAGACAGGCAGCUGAAGCAGAGGAUGCUGGACGCUGGUAAUGUAUGUGCACAUUCGUACCGGGAACUACUCAUUAAUAUUCAGCAGAUCCAUCAGAAGCCAAUCACAGCUGAGCUGAAGCAGCAGCUGGCCAUGACUUCAAAAAAAGUUGCCCAAUCGGUUACUGAAAUCGUUCAUGCUGCUGAAGCUAUCAAAGGAAUGGACUGGUUUGACCCACAAGACCCAAGCACUAUAGCUGAGAACGAGCUGCUAAGUGCUGCUAACGCCAUUGAAGCCGCCGCUAAGAAGCUAGCUUCGCUACAGCCUAGGCUAAAACCUAAGCAAGUGGAUGACUCGUUGAACUUCGAGGAGCAGCUUCUUGAAGCUGCCAAAUCCAUAGCAGCCGCAACAGCUGCUCUCGUCAAAGCUGCUUCAGUCGCUCAGAGGGAACUCGUCAUGCAGGACAAGCUUGGAAAGGUGAGCAGUGACGAUUACGAUACAGACAGUCAAUGGUCUCAGGGACUGAUAUCUGCCGCGCGAAUGGUGGCAGCGGCUACUCAAAGUUUGUGCGACGCAGCUAACGCCAUGGUUCAAGGUCAGGCUUCUGAGGAGAAGCUGAUUUCGUCGGCCAAGCAGGUAGCUGCUUCGACGGCCCAGCUGCUCAUAGCUUGCAAGGUCAAGGCCGAUCCCAAUUCACAGGCUAUGCAUAGGCUGCAAAACGCCGGCCACGCUGUUAAGAAGGCGACGGAGAUCUUGGUGAUGGAGGCGCAGAAGAUGAAGAACGAGGCAGAGGAUGAAGAGAGCGUCACCACCGUCAACAACAGGAUGGUCACUGAUAUGGCUCAGAUCAUAAUGGCCCAAGAGGAGAUAUUGAGGAAGGAGAAAGAGUUAGAGAUGGCCAGGAAGAAACUUGAGACCAUCAGGAAAGCUAAGUACAGACCUACUGAUGAAGUUUAA